CGCCUAGUGCUUCAGUUUGGUGCUUAGACGCGGUGCGCGUGCUUCGAAACGUUGUGCAGCAAGCAGUUUGUGUAUUCGCUUCGUAUGUACUCCGUAGACUCGUGCAAUUUUUGAUAAGUGGUCAGCUAGAUAAACCGAAUCGACUCCCCCCCUGAUCAAUCAGUCAAUCAAGCACUUGCACUCGCUCUCGCACACGCAUCGCACACGCAUCACAUUGCACAUUUCGAAUUGUUGGUAUCCUGUUUUGGCACUGAAACUAGUCACCAGCCAAUAUUUGAACCUAUGUACAUAUCUACACGUAUGUGCAUAGGCAACAAUCUGUGUGUUCACUGUGUUCAACAAGAAAUACAAAUAAUCCAAUCACUAAUUGAAAUACAACAGUAACUAGCUGCUACAUAAAAUGUUAGCCAAAUGGACCAUGUCGCAAAAGGGAUUAAAACAUUUAUUCGGUCUUGUUGCCGUUAUUGCAAUACUUUCGGAUUUACCAGUGGUUCAGGCCGUACGUGUCGGCAGUCCCCAACAGAAUCUACGAAUUAAAGACAAACAGCCGGAUCAGACAUCGGCCGGCUCCUACUGGCAACAGCACGUGGCCACACCCAGCAGCAGCGGCAGCAGCAGCGGCGGCAGCAGCGGCAGCUCGACGCCCUUCGAUUCGCCCUUCUACUCGGCGACGCAUGGCCUCGUUCAGACGCACCCCUCGCUGGGUGCUGGCGUGCCACGCCCCGUGCCGCUCAGCAGCAAUAGCUUGGGCAGCGGAGCCCCUGUCAAUGGCAAACCAUCGCUGACCGCAGGCAGCGGAUAUUUGAAUUCGCGAGGCAACUUACCCACCUCCGCCCGUUAUCCGGCGAACAAGAUCAGCGGCACCGUUGUGGAACCGAAUCCCAAGUCGCCCUUCCGCCAUCUGGAUUUCUCAACCAGCGCCACCGCCGAACUGCGACGCAAUCCCGCCCUGUCCGCCCCCGAUGAGUGCGCCCGUGCCUGCCGAGAGGGGGAACCGCCAAGGAUCUGUUAUUACCACUUCACGCUCGAAUACUACACCGUGCUGGGAGCUGCCUGCCAGGUGUGCACGCCAAAUGCGACGAAUACUGUGUGGAGUCACUGUCAAUGCGUUUUGGCCGAUGGCGUUGAACGCGGCAUUCUCACGGCAAAUCGGAUGAUUCCCGGUCCGAGUAUUCAGGUGUGCGAGAACGACAAGGUUGUAAUCGAUGUGGAGAACCACAUGGAGGGCAUGGAGGUGACCAUUCACUGGCACGGCAUCUGGCAGCGUGGAUCGCAGUACUACGAUGGCGUCCCAUUCGUCACACAGUGUCCCAUUCAGCAGGGCAACACAUUCCGCUACCAAUGGACGGGCAAUGCCGGCACCCACUUCUGGCACGCCCAUACGGGUCUCCAGAAAUUGGACGGACUUUACGGCAGUGUGGUGGUGCGUCAGCCACCCUCACGUGAUCCCAACUCGCAUCUGUACGACUUUGAUCUGACCACACACAUCAUGCUCAUCAGCGAUUGGUUGCACGAGGAUGCGGCUGAGCGUUAUCCUGGUCGUCUGGCGGUCAACACUGGCCAGGAUCCCGAGUCCAUGUUGAUCAACGGCAAGGGACAGUUCAGGGAUCCCAACACUGGCUUCAUGACCAACACUCCCCUCGAGAUCUUCACAAUCACACCAGGACGACGUUAUCGCUUCCGCAUGAUCAACGCCUUCGCCUCCGUCUGUCCCGCCCAGGUGACGAUCGAGGGACACGGCAUGACCGUCAUUGCCACUGACGGCGAGCCAGUGCAUCCCGUCAAUGUCAACACCAUCAUCUCAUUCUCAGGUGAACGUUAUGACUUCAUCAUCACUGCCGAUCAGCCUGUGGGUGCCUAUUGGAUCCAACUGCGAGGCCUUGGCGAGUGCGGCAUCCGUCGUGCCCAGCAACUGGCCAUUCUCCGUUAUGCCCGUGGUCCCUAUCAACCUGCCUCAUCUCCUCCCACCUACGAUGUCGGCAUUCCCCAGGGUGUGGUCAUGAACCCCUUGGACGCACAAUGUAACCGUCAACGGAACGACGCCAUCUGCGUGAGUCAAUUGAAGAACGCUCUCGAAAUAGAUCGAGGACUGCUAGCUGAGAAGCCAGACGUGAAGAUCUUCCUGCCAUUCCGAUUCUUUGUCUAUCGCGCCGAGGACCUCUUCCAGCCUAACACCUACAACAGAUUCCUGGUGGCUCCAACGGGCGAUCAUGUGAUCUCACUGAUCGAUGAGAUCUCCUAUUUGUCGGCACCGGCCCCACUCACCUCGCAGUUCAAUGAGAUCAAUCCGGAGCAGUUCUGCAACGGAGACAAUCGUCCGGCGGAUUGUGGACCCAACUGCAUGUGCACCCACAAGAUCGAUAUACCCCUUAAUGCCAUUGUGGAAGUUGUGCUCGUCGAUGAGGUACAACAACCGAAUUUGUCGCAUCCAUUCCAUCUGCACGGUUAUGGCUUCAGUGUCAUCGGUAUUGGCAGAUCGCCAGACUCGACAGUGAAGAAGAUCAAUCUGAAACAUGCGCUCGAUCUGGACAGACGCGGUCUGUUGCACAGACAGUACAAUUUGCCACCGACCAAGGAUACAAUCGCUGUGCCCAAUAAUGGCUACGUUGUGCUCCGUUUCCGAGCAGAUAAUCCUGGUUUCUGGCUGUUCCAUUGUCAUUUCCUGUUCCACAUUGUCAUCGGCAUGAGUCUGAUAUUGCAAGUGGGCACAAAUGCGGAUCUGCCUCCAGUGCCACCUGGCUUCCCCACCUGUGGCGAUCAUACUCCGCCCAUACCCAUUAACUAAGCUACUUCAUGGGGAGUUUCGCUUACUAAACAAACAAACAAACAACAACAACAACAGCAACAGCAACAAGAAAGCAAAUUUAAUACGAGUAACAAGUAAAAAUAUGUAACUAGAAAGUGGACCUGCCUACUGAACCAGCUGAACAGUUUGUACAAAGUUUUUUUUUAGAGAAAGAGAAGAAGAAGAAGAACAACAACAGCACAAUGAGUAUGUAUGUACACGUCUGUAUAUACCCUGUAAAGCACAGCUUCCUGUAUAAUAUUCCCCCCACCCUCACCCCCACCCACAUUCCCUUACCCCCUUCCGCACAAGCUUGCCACAAAGUUGCAUCAAGCAAUAAGUCUUCUUUCCCUUAAAACCCAUUUGGAAAAAAGAAAACAUGUGUAAAAAGUUAUUAAAGCAGCCAUAAAAUAUAAGAGUUUCCCCACCAUCCCCCUUGAUACAACGACACCCGGAUGCUCUACUAUCUGCCGAGUGUUAAUAAUGUUAUGUUUAAAGUGUAUAUUUAAACUAAUGUAUGUGUAUAGAAGGGCCGAAAUGAAAACACGCUGGUGCCUAAACAAAUUCUCUGCAAAUUCCGCCUUUUCCCUGGGAGGGAGAAAGAGCAGGGAUUUUUUGUGUGUGAAAUGCGAAUGGAAAUAAAUAUAUACUUGUAUAUCUAUAUAUAUCUAAAUCUCUAUAAAUAAUUAUUAAUGUACAUAAAAUGUCUAUAUAAAUGAAUUAUGUAUGUAUUAUGCUUAACUAUACUUGUAUGUAAUGCCUAAUGCCUAGGGUCUAUUAAAUCCAAUAUACUCUCAUUGGCUUCUCACAGUCAUAUUUAAUAGCUGCGAAUUUUGACAAUUAUCAUUAACGCACAACAUGCAUUUGCUAUUGUUUAAAUAAAUACGAGUAUUCGUAUAUACAUAUAUGCAACUUGUACAAAAAACAGCAAAAGAAAUCAAUAUUUAAACUGGACAAAAGAAACUGAUGAUUUGUAAAGCAUGAACAGAACCCAAUUAACUGCCCGUUAAAUGUAUAUUUAUUGUUUAAAUCAAUUUUAAUAAAAAUGUGUAAAAUAAAA